UUUUAGUGUCAAUAGUUCUUAUCACUACUUCUGACGAUAAAUAAAAAAAUGAAAACUUUAACAAUAAUCGCAAUAUUAAAUGUGGAGAUUUCUCUAUUGAGUGUACAACUGAGUACUCAAGUCGAUCUAAAUGAGGAUUGCAAUCUUCAGACAGGAGCCUCUAUGGAGGCAAGUGCAUCUGGUGAGGGAGCGAAUGUAGGAGUUGAAGGACAAGCAAAUUUACCUUCAUGCGAAUGUCUGAGGCGUCUAGAUAUCAAAGGAUCUGCUAGCGUUUCUGCAAACGGUAUGAAUGCAAAGGGGGGCGUCUCUCAAUCUAGUACAGUUGUUGUCCCGGGGGUUAACUGCAUGGAAGAAGGGACUUCCAAAGAUGAAACAGACCAAGAAUAUAAGUAUAUUGUAGACAUUGAACGAACUGACAUAGUCACGCCUGGUAACAGUUAUUUAUAUACACAUUACGAUAAAGACGAAGAUACAUAUGGUACAUAUUGGGAAACAAUGGAGGCAGGAAAUGACCUUAAAAUAUAUUUAGCCAAGAUGUACGCAGAUGAUGACGUUGUUUACGAAUCAAAAGACGGUGAUAAAAUGAAACCUCUCUGCGAUAAUUCAUAUCCCGAGAAGUCUGCUGAAGCCAAUGUUUGGAAAAUUUUAAAUUUGCUUGUUAUGGACGGCCAAGAUUGCCCAAUACAAGAAGGGACAAAUUAUACUCUUCCUCUUAAACUCUCGUCAGUAGAACUCACAUUCAAUGAACCAAUACCGUGUGGUGAAUAUUCGCUAAAUAUCUAUUUAGACUCACCGAAGGAUAAUUUUGCACUGGGGGUUCAUCUGGCAUGGGACAUUGAAAAAGGUUCAACUAAGUGUACAGAUGAGACUCAUGAACUUUAAUAAUUAUUUAUUAUUGUAAUGUUUACUAUUUCAAAUGAAAAUAAAACAUUGUU